AUGUCUUAUUCAUCAUCAGCUGCUUCCAAUCAUCAUUUGUUUUGGGAAAUACCUUCGGAAGUCUUUCAUUGCCAAAUAUUCAUUCAUUUUGAUUAUUCAUGGGUGUAUCGAGUAUUUCGGUUGAUUUGUAAACGAUCCGAUAGUAUGGUUACGAGAUCAACAACUCACUCGUUUGGAAAUGAAUUAACGGUAUUUUUGGAUAAUAAUAUACACAGAACGAGAAGCUUUGUGAAUUGUUGUGAGAAGGGAUAUUUUCAACAUUUAAAAGCGUUGAUCAUUCGAGGAGGACAAGAAUUAUCUCAAUUGUCAAAAGAAAUGGAUUUAUAUUUUUAUGAUGAUGACGAUGAUGACUCUGUUCAAAGAUCCGAUCACUAUUUAAAUUGUUUUCCGAAUUUACAACAAUUACAACUAGAUAGGAGUUAUUUUGACGAUUCUAUUGUUACAGGAAUUGUGCAUUGUCAGAAUUUACAAAAUUUAACACAUCUCGAUCUCUUUUCUGCACAAAUCCACGAUAAAUCGGUUUCGCUAAUUGCAUCAAGUCCAUUACUUUCAAAUUUAACAUGUUUAUGCAUGAAUCAAAUGAUUGGAAAAGCGAGCUUGAAAGACCUUUGCUCAUCUCCCUACAUGUCAAAUUUGAAAGAUUUGCAACUGUGUAGCUGCAAGAUUGGGGAUGAUGGUGUUCAGGAGGUUUCACAAAGCACAACACUGAAACAUUUGACGGCCCUUUCUUUGCCAGGAAACGACAUUUCAAUCGUUGGCGCAAAAUUAAUUGGUCACAGUUCUGUAUUUCGCAACCUUACCUCUCUCAAUUUAAACAGUAAUAACAUUUCAAUGGAAGGCAUGGAAUAUUUGGCAUCGUGCGAGCAAUUAUCAAAUCUCGAACAACUUGCAAUGGGCUACAAUGCACAACACACUGGAAUACCCUUUCAAGUGAUUAUUGCAAUAUUCAAUGGACCAAUGAAAAAUAUUAAGAGCAUUUCACUUUCGCCAAACUCUGACACUGAAUUUGAACAAUUCAUCUCGUGUAAGAAUAUUGCAUCAUUGAGGUCUCUUGACAUGAGUUUUUGCUCAACAUUUUCUAAUCAUGGGUUGGAAUUGUUGGCAAAUUGUCCCAAUUUAUCACAAUUAGAACAACUUAGGAUUUCAUUUACGCAUGUUACAGAUAUCAUGCCUUUGAUUAACAGCGAAUACAUGAAAAACAUUCGUGAAUUGAAUGUUUCUGGGCGAGGAAUUAAUUCCAGCACUUUGAUAGCAUUGUCACAAGCUUUACCAAAACUCAAAGACUUGGACAUCAAUGGACAGGAUAACAUUUCUAUGGAUGGUAUUUUACGCUCUUUGGACCAUUUGAAGCAUUUACAGGCGCUCUCCAUGCCAAGUUUCCACUCUGUCUCACGUGAACAGGUAGAACAAUUUGCUUCUCACGUGGUCGCCUCCAAACUCAUUUACCUCACUUUUACCAACGAACAUGGUUUCAUUCCAAUUUUCUUUGGAGAGCAUUCGAGAUUUGAAAAUUUAACCUAUCUCAACAUCAGAGGACAACCGUUGAGUAUUGAGGAUGCUCAAGUACUCACGUCCACACCAAAACUAUGUGAGCUGAGGUAUUUGUAUCUUCCUAGAGGGCAUGACAUUACUUCCAGGAAACAGAACAAACAAAUUGUUUCCAUGUUGAUGAAAAGUCUAUAUCUCUACAAAAUUAAUAAUGGAGAGAGGGAACAUUUGGAAAGCAUGUUUUAUUAG